GUUGUUCCAAAGGUUUUUGUGAUCACAGUGUUCGUGGUGGUGACAACGACUGCCUCACCCUCUCAUUCUAUUAAAAAACUCAGGGUGUCAAAACAAAUUUCUUAAAAUAGGUCAAUGAUGUUCUCUCUAAUCUAUCACAUUUUACAGGCUACGUGUGGAUGUAUUCGGGAUGAUGAAGGCUGCACUUUUGCGUGUUUUGGGUCUGCUUUUCCUUUUGGUCAUCAUGGCCUAUAUCGUCAGUGUCAGUGGUUCAGACGAUUGGGAAACUUUGUCUCGUAACUACAUCUGUGCCGUGACUGGAUCAUCAGUGGUCAUGCCCUGCUCAUUCACUCCCCCUGCUGGUCAUACGGUUACUGAAGUCUUCUGGGUGGUUGGAGCACAAGCCUUUGAUCUUUCUAUGACCAGAGAUUACACAGGCCGAGUGAAGUACUAUUGGGAUGAGAACAACAAUGAGAACAACUGCACCUUAGAACUGAACAAUGUGAUGCUGAGAGACAGCACUGUGUAUAAAGUGAGGAUUGUAACAGACAAAGACAGAUGGCUCAGUCAUUCUUUUGUACAACUGUAUGUUAGAGAUGUCCUCAAUGCAUGUUCUGAACUAGACUGGGUGACCCUCACCAAUCAGUAUAUCUGUGCUGUGACUGGAUCAUCUGUGGAGAUGCCCUGCUCUCUUACCCCCCCUGCUGGUCAGUUUGCUACUGACUCAUUCUGGGUUCAACGUCAAGAGCAUAAGGAACCCCCUGAUCUCUAUAGCAACCCAUCUUACACAGGCCGUGUUCAGUACUACUGGGAUAAGAACAACAAUAAGAGCUGCACAUUAAAACUCACUGGAGUGAAGAUCACAGACAGUGGUGGAUAUAAAGUGAGGAUUAUAACAAACACAUACAAGUGGCUGAGUCAUGCGUUUGUACAAUUGUCAGUUACAGACCUGACUGUCCUGGUUCCUGAGACAGUAGUUGAAGGUAAUGAGGUGAAGCUGAGCUGUACAAUCAGAUGCAGAAUGGAAGACGAACCCCUAGUGGUAUGGAGGAAGAAUGGAGAAGAGUUACCUGGUAAACAAACAGACAACUAUGAGCUUCUCCUCCAGAGAGUCAGUACAGAAGAUGAUGGAGAUUAUUCCUGUGCUCUAAAAGGCCAUGAGGGACAUCCAUCUACUCCAGUGAAGCUCAAUGUCAUGUAUCUUCCAAAGAACACAAGAGUUGUGUCUGCUCCAUCUGGUGAAAUAACUGAGGGAACUAGAGUGACUCUGACCUGCAUGAGUGAAGCCGACCCACCAGUACACACAUACACCUGGAUCAAGAAGAGAGGAGCUGUAGAACUGAAGUCAGGAAAGGAGAACACACUCACCUUCAGCAGGAUCAGUUCUGAGGACAGUGGAGAGUAUCUUUGUCGAGCAGCCAAUAUGAUUGGCAAACAGGACUCUCCUACCAUGCUAAUCAAGGUUUCAUAUCGUCCAAAGAACACAAGAGUUUUGUCUAAUCCAUCUGGUGAAAUAACUGAGGGAACUAGAGUGACUCUGACCUGCAUGAGUGAAGCUGAUCCACCAGUACACACAUACACCUGGAUCAAGAAGAGAGGAGCUGUAGAACUGAAGUCAGGAAAGGAGAACACACUCACCUUCAGAAAUGUCCGUUCUGAGGACAGUGGAGAGUAUCUUUGUCGAGCAGCCAAUAUGAUUGGCAAACAGGACUCUCCUACCAUGCUAAUCAAGGUUUCAUAUCGUCCAAAGAACACAAGAGUUUUGUCUAAUCCAUCUGGUGAAAUAACUGAGGGAACUAGAGUGACUCUGACCUGCAUGAGUGAAGCUGAUCCACCAGUACACACAUACACCUGGAUCAAGAAGAGAGGAGCUGUAGAACUGAAGUCAGGAAAGGAGAACACACUCACCUUCAGAAAUGUCCGUUCUGAGGACAGUGGAGAGUAUCUCUGUCGGGCAGCCAAUAGGAUUGGUCAACAGGACUCUCCUGCUGUGUCUGUCCAGGUUUUAUACCCUCCAAAGAGCACAAUAAUUGUGUCUCAUCCAUCUGGUGAAAUAACUGAGGGAACUAGAGUGACUCUGACCUGCAUGAGUGAAGCUGACCCACCAGUACACACAUACACCUGGAUCAAGAAGAGAGGAGCUGUAGAACUGAAGUCAGGAAAGGAGAACACACUCACCUUCAGCAGGAUCAGUUCUGAGGACAGUGGAGAGUAUCUUUGUCGAGCAGCCAAUAUGAUUGGCAAACAGGACUCUCCUACCAUGCUAAUCAAGGUUUCAUAUCGUCCAAAGAACACAAGAGUUGUGUCUGCUCCAUCUGGUGAAAUAACUGAGGGAACUAGAGUGACUCUGACCUGCAUGAGUGAAGCUGCCCCACCAGUACACACAUACACCUGGAUCAAGAAGAGAGGAGCUGUAGAACUGAAGUCAGGAAAGGAGAACACACUCACCUUCAGCAGGAUCAGUUCUGAGGACAGUGGAGAGUAUCUCUGUCGAGCAGACAAUGCGAUUGGUCAACAGGACUCUCCUGCUGUGUCUGUCCGGGUUUUAUACCCUCCAAAGAGCACAAUAAUUGUGUCUCGUCCAUCUGGUGAAAUAACUGAGGGAACUAGAGUGACUCUGACCUGCAUGAGUGAAGCUGACCCACCAGUACACACAUACACCUGGAUCAAGAAGAGAGGAGCUGUAGAACUGAAGUCAGGAAAGGAGAACACACUCACCUUCAGCAGGAUCAGUUCUGAGGACAGUGGAGAGUAUCUUUGUCGAGCAGCCAAUAUGAUUGGCAAACAGGACUCUCCUACCAUGCUAAUCAAGGUUUCAUAUCGUCCAAAGAACACAAGAGUUUUGUCUAAUCCAUCUGGUGAAAUAACUGAGGGAACUAGAGUGACUCUGACCUGCAUGAGUGAAGCCGACCCACCAGUACACACAUACACCUGGAUCAAGAAGAGAGGAGCUGUAGAACUGAAGUCAGGAAACACACUCACCUUCAGCAGGAUCAGUUCUGAGGACAGUGGAGAGUAUCUCUGUCGGGCAGCCAAUAGGAUUGGUCAACAGGACUCUCCUGCUGUGUCUGUCCAGGUUUUAUACCCUCCAAAGAGCACAACAAUUGUGUCUUCUCCAUCUGGUGAAAUAACUGAGGGAACUAGAGUGACUCUGACCUGCAUGAGUGAAGCUGCCCCACCAGUACACACAUACACCUGGAUCAAGAAGAGUGGGGCUGUAGAACUGGAGUCAGGAAAGGAGAACACACUCACCUUCAGAAAUAUCUGUUCUGAGGACAGUGGAAAGUAUCUCUGUCGAGCAGCCAAUAGGAUUGGUUAUCAGAACUCUCCAGCUGUGUCUGUCGAUGUCUCAUAUCCACCAAAGAACACAGCAGUCUCAGUUGCUCCUUCUGAAAUGCUUCUCAUGGGAAGUACAGUGACUCUGACCUGCAGCAGUGAUGCCAAGCCACCAGUGGAAAGCGUCAGCUGGUUUAAGGUGAAUGAGUCCACUCCAGUAGGAUCAGGACAGCAGUACAGCAUCACUAACAUCAGCUCUGAGGAUGGAGGACUGUACUACUGUGAGGCCAGGAACAAAUAUGGAGCUGAGAUCUCAUCUGCUGUGUUAAUCACAGUGAAAGAAGAUCAGAUUGCUGUACCGCUAGCUGUAAUAGUCAUCCUUCUGUGUGGAGUAUUGGGAAUUUUCUGUCUGCUUGCUCUGUGGGUUUUGUUGAGCCACAAAUGCAAGAAAGAAAUGUUGUCAGAGCCAGGAGAGCAGGAGGGUGCCAGAGAUUAUGUUAACACUCGACAGACUAUUGACAACAACCAGGGGAGUUUUGGUUACCAGAGUCUGAACCCCAACACUAUGGAACCUGCAGUCAUUUAUUACAUCCUAAAUCCUAACAAUAUGCGACCCGCUGCAGACUAGCAAACGUUAAACUCCAUCGACAUCCUGAUGCAUUUAUUCAGACUUUGAUCAUCAAUCUCAAUCUAGCACGGAGAGUUAGAAAAAUGCAUCUAUUCUGUGUGAAUUCAUUUUAUUUACUUUAUCAGCUUCUGCACCUUAAAAAGGUUGCAAUUGUUUUUUUGUUUUUUUUAUAAAGGUAUCCAACACAGUGAAGGGUUUUUUGUGUGCGGGUGCCCCCGGCAGUUGUGAGUAUAUAUUUUGUUGUAUACGACUCUUACUAGCGCC